UCGGGUUAUUGUGGAGCGCACAAGUGGCCCUCAGAAGAAAAUAGCAUUGCAAAGAAAGGCUGAGGUCAAGGGUCACAUUAGAGCCUUCCCAUCGCAAACCACGUUUUUGUGAUCAAAUUUGUUGGCGCACAAAAAGAGGCACAGUAUCGUAUCUCAGCCUGAGAGAGUCGAGUCUCAACUCCAUUAAACUCCACUGCCGCUCAACAGAAGCUGCUGGUUCGCUCUCGCUUUUCAGGCAGCUGUAAGAAAGAGCAGGCAGCAGAACCAACUCUCCUCUGCUCUGCUCAACUACUUCACUACUGCACAGGCUGUCGAGGGAUCAACACUUUGUUACAAAAAUGGAGUCUCCCCUGACAGAACUUCCCACCUUGAUGCCCAAUGGAUCCAUGGAGAGCUGUCCACCUGUGGACAAUACAGUGGAGAACAUGAUGUUUGGAUUGUACUACAUCAUAGUUUUCCUCCUGGCAAUGAACGGCAAUAGCCUUGCCCUGUGGAUCUUCGCUCGCCAGAGAGGCAACUCUUCUCCAGCCAAUGUCUUCCUGCUCCAUCUUGCUGUGGCUGAUUUGUUUUACAUCUUCGUUUUACCCCUCAGAGCCACUUAUCAUUUAACCGGGGGACAUUGGCCAUUUGGUGAAAUCCCUUGCCGUCUCGCAGGAUUCUUCUUUUAUGUCAACAUGUAUGCCAGCUUGUACUUCCUGGCCUGCGUUGCAGGUGAUAGAUACCUCGCUGUGGUACACGCCGUACGUUCCCUCAAGGUCAGACGCCCUCGUUAUGCUCACAUAGCCAGUUUUGCACUAUGGGCUUUGGUGAUAGUGUCUAUGGCGCCUCUACUGGUCACCAAGCAGACUGCAGAAGUCAACGGCUCCACCGUAUGCUUGCAGCUGUACAGAGAAAAGGCUUCACAACGUGCUCUCGUCUCUCUCGCCGUAGCCUUCACACCACCUUUCAUUGCCACACUGUCUUGCUACCUGCUGAUAGUAAACAGUCUGCGAAAAGGUUCAAGGUUGGAGCCGGCACUGAAACUCCGAGCUCUCCGCACCAUUGGUCUGGUCAUGCUCAUCUACAUAGUGUGCUUUUUGCCCUAUCACUUAAGCCGUGCAACCUUCAUCCUGGGUUAUGAACAUCCAGACUUAUCCUGCCAAAUUAAAAGAGGACUAGCCCUGGCUAACCGGCUCACCUCCUCUCUAACCUGUCUAAAUGGGGCGUUGGAUCCCUUGGUCUACCUGUUUGCGGCUGAGAAGUUCAGAGGAAGCGUUCGCAGGAUCUUCUGCAGAGACAAAUCAGGGGGUUCCGGCGCUACAAGCGGGGACCUGAAAGGCACACAUGAGAGCUCUCUGAGCGCAAAGUCUGAGUUCUGAGCAAGCAAUUAAAAUCGUACAGAUGGUAUGAAUAUUGGUUUAAGUGAUUCGGCCUACACUUCAUGUAUGGUGUAUGGUCAAUUAAAAUCAGGAACUUUGAACAGCCUUAUGUAUAACCAAACAUGUGAUUUGGACAUGUUAAAGCAACUGUAUGUAAGUUUAAAGAUCAGUUUCAAAAACACUGAUGGUACACUUACUUCUAAUAAGGCAAUGGCUUCUGUUUUUUUCCCCCCAAACAUCUGUUCUAGGAGUUUUGUGAGUUGGUACGAAGGCCGGAUUGCUUUAUGGCAACAACAAAUGCAUGUGCAGAGCUUUCUGCUGUAAUUACCACAAUGAUAUAUUUAUGAUGGUAAAUUUCACUCACUUAAAAGGGAUAUAAAUAAGAAUUUUUAAGUGUAAAUCGCUUUUCUGCCAAUGUCUAAACGGCUUGUAAUGACAUUUAAAAACGAGACCUUCCCCAACUUUGUCUACUGCCUCGUUUAAGAUGAGGUUGGAAGUGCCAACAUCUGAGUUGAAAUGUCCCACUUAAUACUUCUGAAUUUGAGUCAAUCAUAUGUCACACUAACAUAUUGACCUCAAAAUGUCGCCAUGACGCAACAAGAGCAUUUUGAGUUUUCGUGUCAAUUAGGGCUAAAACAGAAAAAAAAAAUUACAUAAAAUGCUGCCCUUAGUUUUGAAAACAGCUGACGAAAUGGAAAAUUCAAGUUAUCAUUUUAUAAACCUAAAGUUCCACUGAAGGCUUAUUCUAUGUGUUGACGUAAUUUUAAAUUAAAUAGGAAGACAGGGCGGGACAUAUCCACCAGCCCCGCCCCCCUUUUUAAAAUAACCAGUUGCGUUUUGUUUAUAUCACAGCUUGGGCCAGAGACGUUGAGCUUGACAACCACAAUGUCAUCCAUAUCGCAUUACCUAUUGAUAAAAUAGCAUUAUGUGUAGAAUUCAAAUGUGUCCGAUACGUUUUUGUGGUCUGCGCCGACUUGCGCAUAUGAUCCUUAAUUCACCUCAAUGAAAUGCAUGUUUACACUGAAUCGUUCCCUAUCCCCUAUGUAAUGCAUGCACUACGUGGCAUUUACCGUACAGAAACUACAAAUUCCGUGAACAAGUGACUGAUUUCAGACGUUGCUUCAGCGUCUAUUUAUAUUUUAGGGGCGGGACGUGUCGGAUUCUAGAGGGAAUUUAAUUGGACGUGAAAGUUUGAUGAGAAGCUGAAGUGCAGGGUGAUGUCAUUAAAAUCGUUGAUCCAUAUCGGCGGAAGUUAGAGACUGUGAGUUUCGAAUGCUUAUAUCUUCUAAAUGUGAAUUUUGUUAUUGUUUUGGAGCACACUAGCUUACAGAUAACUUUAAGGCUAACAUUUUCAUACUAAAAGCCAAAAAACAUUUUUAAUUUCAUGGGGAUAUUAAUGUGUAAUGUUUUUAAGUUUGAUACAGUGUAGCUUCACACUAUGCUCUUUGCAAGCAGUGAUGUCAAAUGACACAUCUUGCUGAAGUCAGGGUUGAUUGAUCUGCCCCGAGUUCACAGGUCGGAUGUCCCAUUUCAAACUGCGUUCUAGACGUUAUUUCCAAGUAAGAGGUGGGGCAAAA